CUGACCUCAAGAGAUCCUCCUGCCUUGGUCUCCCAGAGUGUUGGGAUUACAUACAUGUGCCACUGCAGCCAGCUAUUUUCACUUUACUAAUUUUUCUCUCUUUGUGGGCAACUCUUCCCUGGCAUUUUAGUAGACGGGUGUGGCUGAGAGAGACUGGGAGUAGGGCCAGGGAAGUAUUGUUCAUGCUCAGAACCAUUAAGAAGGUUGAAGAGGAACUGUGAGUUCAGCACUCAUUUGUGUUGUUUUGUGAACAUCUGAUCUUUUACUUCCAAUUUCUGUGUGACGACACUCCAAGGUGACCAGCCUGGAAAGACCCUACUCACCCGUCCCAUUCUCCUCCCACCACUCUCUUCCUCAAGGGAUGGAAGGUGGAGGAGCUGGGAGACCCAAGGAAAGGCUUCAUCCUGGCCUGUGCCUGCCUGGCUGGGCCGCCCUGAGCAGGUGCAGUCUUCUGGGGAUGGGGCGCUGAGUCCUUCUUCCUGCAUCUGAACCCCAGCUCUGCAACUUUCUAGCUGUGUAAUCUUGACCAAAUCACGCUACCUACCUAAGAAAUGAGAGCCUCAAGCUGUCGCCCUGGGCAGAGUGCUGUGGCAUCACAGCUCACAGCAGCCUCCAACUCCUGGGCUCAAGUGAUUCUCACACAACCCAUUAAAGAGAGGGCGAAAGACGUGGACGGAGGCUUUUCAAAAGAAGUGGAGCAAAACCCCCACUUCCUAGGUGGGCUGCACACAGUGACUUCCUCUGAUGAGGUGGAGAGCAGGAGAGCAACUCUGCAGUGGAGAAGCUGGAAGACCCUCAGCCAGGUUGUGGAGACAGGUUGUGAUCAAGGAGUGCCCUACAAAGUACCUAAAGACCAUUCCUCAAAACUGCCGUGGAAACCAAGGAAGCCCUGGGAGGCUGUCGUACCCAGAGGAGCCCGAGCAGGUGCGACAGCUGCGUGUAAUUGGAUAAAGAAACCAAAUGUAAGAGGAAAAGACGUUGUUUGCUUGAGUUCAUACAAUUAGUCUGUGACCGAACGGGAAAUAGACACCAGGUCCCUAAAAUCCAGCUGUGUUUUCUGAGUGUCUGUCAUGCGCCAGGGACCGAGGGAGGUGUUUUUAACACAUCAGCACGCGCCGGUACCACCCCGCUGCCAGACUCCCCUGCUCCCCCUUUGCCAUCCACCGCCAUUGGGAGCCCCUGAACCCUCACCGAAAGCAGUCACUGUUGUGGUGCUUCCUGUACAACCUGCAUGCAGAACCCAGAGUCAAAUAGACGUCUUUUUAAAUCACCCACCUCGGGAUGCCUUCCAGCAGUGCGAAGCGGACCAACCCUCCCCGCCCCCAGCCUCUAGCUGCCUCCGCGGGUGCUGCGUACUGGCGCUUUCUAGCACCCAGGAGGGAUCAGAGACAAAAGAACUCAGUCUGGUCCAAGAAACGCAUAACAGGUUUGUGGAGAAUAGAAACCAAGUCUGCACCUGGCUUCAAGAUGAGAUGAAAAGGUACAUGAGCGUCCUCCCAGCCGAGGUGCCCUGUGCAGAGUGGAGUCCGGUGACGUCAUCACAGCUCACUGCAACCUCCACCUCCUGGACUCAAGCGAUCCAUCUCAGCCUCCUGAGUACCUGGGACUGCAGACCGCCUCUAGCGCCAGCGAAGCCCCGGAACCGUCCCAGCGAUGAGCAGCUCAGGCUUCGGCCCCCAGGACUGGUUACUGCGAAAGCUGCAGCUCUUGCGCUCUGUGCUGGUGGCCCACAAGUCCCAGCCCGGUCAGCGCCCGGUGGAGUACCUCGUGAUAGUGGCGGGCUCGGCCGGCGUGGGUAAGAGUUCCCUGAUGCAGCGCUGGGCUGGGAGCGCGCACUUGUCUACCACUGAGAAUGACUACUGCCGGUUGCAGGGCUGUGACCACGGCGUCACCCCGCUGCGCAUCACAGAUAGUGCGGGCGGCCCACACUGCCCCGCCGCGCUGCAGCGCAAGUCUGUGAGGGAGGGUCACGCAUUCAUCCUGCUCUACUCUGUCACCAAGAGGGAGACCUUGGAAGAGCUGAAGCCCUUCUACGAGCUCAUCCGCAAGAUUAAAGGCCAUGACUUGUGCAGGGUCCCGGUCGUGCUGGUUGGCAACAAGAGCGAUGCGCUGGGCCGCGAGGUGGCCCUGAGCGAUGGCGCCACCUGUGCGUCGGAGUGGAAUUGCGCCUUCAUGGAGAUUUCGGCCAAGAUGGACGUGAAUGUUCAGGAAUUGUACCACGUGCUGCUGACCCAGAAGAAAAUGUUCGCUGCCUGCUUCCAGAGGCCCCCAAAGAAAUCCCCCGUGCCCAAGGGCACCGAUAAGCUGCUCGGCAAAUGCAUCGUCAUGUGAGCCUUAGGCCUUAGGAGCAGAAAUCACCUACCCUGCAGUGCGCACAAAUCAUGGGCUGAUAUAUGUCACGUGUUUGUGGUGUGUGUGUGUGUGUGUGUGUGAUGUCACGUCCAGUAGUUUAAACAGUAAUAUCUGGGACAGUAAAUGUACCUUGUGAGUUAAUAACAUUUUUCUCAGGCAAGAGAACUCAAAUGGUUAAAAACACUUGGCAUUUGAGGAGAAUGAAAAAGUAACAUGAAGAAUUUUAAAAACAUCUUUAAUAAUAAAUUUGAGAAAAUGUUCUGAAUAGAAUAAAACAUCAAAAUGAAUUCAAAGAUGCCACCAUCCUUUUGCUAACCCUAUGAUUGUGUAUUAUUUUUAAACAUUUCAAC